AAAUAUUUAAAUAAGUUAAAAGGCUUUAAGGAACCAUGGCGCCGAAUCAACGUCAACGUCAGCUUUUUGUUUCUAAGAAAGAACUGAAAAAGUUGAAUGGCAGAAGAUUUUCAAAGUAGAUGCAAUAUUUCUUUCUUUCUUAAUAGUAAAAAACCAGAAGAAUCCUCUGAUACUGGUCUCAUAUAUCCUGGUGUGGAUACAGCAUUUAAGCUGCUUCUAUCAGCUAGAUUUUGUUCUGCUAUUUGGAGCCACAUAACAGAUUGUGAUGAAACCUAUAACUAUUGGGAACCAAGUCACUAUCUGCUUUAUGGGACCGGUCAACAAACAUGGGAAUAUAGUCCACAAUAUGCAUUAAGAUCAUAUAUGUAUUUGCUGAUUCAUAUGGUACCAGCAAAGCUUUACCAUUACUUACUAGAACCAAAUCCUGUUCUAGUCUUUUAUUUUGUAAGAUGUCUAUUAUCUGUGGGUUGUGCUUUAUCUGAAGUAUACUUCUAUAAAAAUGUAUGCAGAGAAUUUGGGAUUCAUAUAGGGAGGUUAACAUUAGUAUUUCUUAUCCUCAGCUCUGGCAUGUAUAUUGCUAGUGCUGCAUUUCUGCCAUCCUCUUUUUCAAUGUAUUUGAGUACUGUUGCAACAGCAGCUUGGUAUGGCCGGCAGUAUGAAUUAGCAAUCUUUGCUACAGCUAUAUCAGCUUUAUUAGGAUGGCCAUUUGCUGCUUUACUUGGAUUACCAAUUGCAAUGGAAAUGUUAAUACAUAAACAAGACUGGAGUAAAUUUAUGAAAUGGGUAAUCAUAUCUGGCACUGUUGUUUUAGUACCAAUGAUAUGGAUAGAUUCAAUGUAUUAUGGGAAAUUGGUAAUAGCACCAUUGAACAUUGUAAUGUACAAUGUUUUCACCAAUCAUGGGCCAAAUAUCUAUGGAACAGAACCUUUCAGUUAUUAUAUUUAUAAUGGAUUUUUAAACUUCAAUUUCAUUUUUGUUGGUGCACUUUGGGCUCCAUUUGGAUUGCUUUUAGUGUGGCUAAUUGUACCAGCCAGACCAAGAGAUCGUCUAUGUUUAUCUUACUGGUAUUCAUUGGCACCACUAUAUCUUUGGUUUUUAGUGUUUUUCUUACAGCCUCACAAGGAAGAACGAUUUUUAUUUCCUGUAUAUCCAAUGAUUUGUUUGGUUGGAGGUAUAGCUGUAGAUACUGUCCAAAAAUUAUAUUUUUUUAUCAGGACAAAGCUUACUUCUUCACACAUUGCUUAUCAUUAUUUACAAUAUACUGUUCAUAUAACAUUUUUUGCCAUCUUAAUAUGUGGUUUUCUGGGAAUAUCAAGAUCACUGGCAAUAUACAAAGGCUAUUAUGCGCCAAUGGAAGUAAUGAUCGAUGCUAAUAAACUUGGUUUAGAGAGAGAAAUAUUUAAGGAUAUUAAUAUCAAUUUUUGCAUUGGUAAAGAGUGGCACCGAUUUCCGAGUAGCUUUUUCUUUCCGUCAAAUAAUUGGAAACUUCAGUAUCUCAGAUCAGAGUUUAAGGGUCAGUUACCUCAACCUUUCCUAGAUCAUGAAAAUGCAACUGGUAUUAUACAACCCUAUUUUAAUGAUAUGAAUAGAGAAGAACCUACACGUUAUUUUAGCUUAGACAAAUGCCAUUUUGUGUUAGACCUGGACAUUGGUACUGACACAAGUUUAGAACCAAAUUAUUCUCGAAUAAACGAUAAUUUCACGAUAAUAACGUCAUCUAAAUUUUUAAAUUCCGCAAGAUCGCAUCGAUUUUUUCGUGCGUUUUAUAUUCCUUUUGUGUCACAUAAAUUUUGUACAUAUGGUUCAUAUAAUUUAUUACAAAAUAUUAAAUUUAAAUCGAUUCCUCUUUUAUCAAAAGAAAAAAAUACAAAAUUUUCCUGAAUAGAAAUUUUGGAACACGUAUAUGAUUUUAAUAAACAGGGUCUGUGUCAUUGAAAUGACAUGUCUGAUAUUGUAUUUCAGAUGGAUUUUGUACUUUAUGAUAAAGGAUAAAAAGAAUGGGUUCAAAGAAAAACCAAGAAUGAUUAAAAAACUAAAAGAUUACACAAUUUUUUACUUUUGCUCAAAAUGAAGAAAUUCAUGAUCAGAUUUUUAAACAAUAGAAAUUUUUGUUUUAAUAAACAGUUUUUAAUAUAUAGAGCAAUAUAUAUGGGCUCAUAUUUAAUAUAUAAUUGGUGUAUUCUAGAAAAAUAUAUAAGCGAUUUUACGUGAUUAAUGUAGCUUAAUUUACUGGACAAUAUAAAAAUUUUAGUAUGACAUAUAUAUAAUAUAUGUAAUAAAUUUGUGUAACAAAUUUUUAAAGAUGUAUCAUAUUAAAAAAUUAAAUUCACAAUUACUGUUUACUUACAAAAUACUAAACAAUAUAAAAUAUAUUAGCUUAAUUACUGCAUUUUUAACAUUUUAACACAGAUUCCAACAGGCUACUAAGUAUCUUUGACGCCAUUUUACAUAUAUACGAAUAUAAGAAAC